AUGAUAGAGGAAGAAAUAUGCGCUGAUAACGCGCCAAUUCAUUCAUCACACCCAUGUCCAACGUCGGGUCGAUUAGAGACACUAGCAACUGAAUAUGGUCCAUCCCUCACCCCUCCAACACGCAGUCUUACUGACCCUAUCAUUGCAGGCGAAGCUUUCGUGAACAAAAUUAUGCCAAACCUCGGUUAUGCGAUUAAAGACUUUAAAUGUAAUCCGGAAAGAACCUUACUGUGCGAGAAACCAAUUUCAAAUGAGCUUAUCGUUGAAGAUACCAUUAGGGAUGAUAAUUCUUUAAUGAUACUUUCUCCAGCAGCUAUGAAGAAAUUACGGUUGUAUUGUGGUGCAACCGCCCUAAUAGAAGGAAGGAAGGGAUACAACACAAUCCUUAUUGUAUGGGCCGAUGAAGGUUGCGAAGAUGUUAAAGUUAGAAUUAAUCAAGUUGUUAGAACCAAUCUCCGUGUGCGUUUGGGUGAUGUUGUGUCAAUUCAACUCUUUUCUGAUAUUAAGGACGGCCGGCGCGUCCAAUUGCUCCCAAUUGACAAUACAGUUGAGGGAGUAAUGGGAGACUUUUUUGAACCCCAUCUCAAACAAUACUUUCAGAAUACGUAUCGACCAGUUCGAGAAGGCGACGUGUUCUCUAUUAAAUAUGGGGGACUUUCUAUGAAAUUCAAGGUUUUGGAAACUGAUCCACCAAACUAUUGUUACGAGCGAUACACAGAUAUGCUGUGA